AUGGCCACGGCUGAACUUGCCGCUACCUACGCUGCCCUCAUUCUCGCCGACGAUGGCAUUGAAAUCACUGCCGACAAAAUCCUCGCGCUGACGACCGCCGCAGGUGUUGAGCUCGAGCCCAUCUGGGCAUCUCUCCUCGCGAAGGCGCUCGAGAGCAAGGACGUCAAGGACCUCCUCUCCAACGUCAGUGCGGGUGGUGCUGGCCCGGCCGUUGGUGUCGCGUCCACAGCGGUUGGUGCCGCCGCGGGAGCGCCAGAGGAGGAAGAGGAGAAGGAGGACGAGGAGGACGAGGAGGAUUCCGAUGACGACAUCGGUCUCAGUCUGUUCGACUGA